CGUCGACGGGGACUGGCGCUGUGUCGAUCGCAGGCGUUGCGCUCCGUCCGGCGUCGUCAGCGUCGGCACGCGUCGCGCGUGUUCGCGCUCUUCUAAGGCAGUUGCGCCAAGUUUGCGGAGCGGAGCGGCUCGCGGACGGCUGCGCUCUCCGGAGGAGCACGCGCUCCGGCAAGGUGGACUGCGCUCGCCUUGCAUCGGUCGCCGUCAAUGUUCCUCCGUGCAUGUGACCAUCAGAGAGAGCCAUGGCCGAGCCUAAUUGCAGCAGCGAGCAGGCACAGCUCGGUGGUGACGUGCUCCUCGUAAAUCUGAGUGCGUUCGGCGAUGAGCUCACGGGAGGAGUCUGGAGCGGCAACGGCGACACCCAUUUCACGUGGUCCGAGUACGUCAAGAUUGGCGCGUACCUCGCGACUAUCGCGGUGGCCGCUGUGGGCAACACCUGCGUCAUCCUGACAGUGGCGCUGAACCGCAGCCUGCGUACCACCAUCAAUUGCUACCUGACCAACCUGGCCGUGGCAGACGCCAUCAUCAGCAUGUUCUGCAUGUGGGUCUACCUGGUGAAGAACCUGUCGGACUGGUACGUGCUUGGAGCCUUCAUGUGCCGCAUCGAGGGAUUCGCCCAGAUGACAGCAGUGACGUGCAGCGUCCUCACACUGUCUGCGAUCUCGUGCGACCGUUUCACGGCCAUCCUGUACCCGUUCCGCGCACGGAUCACCAAACAGCGCACGGGCGGAGUGCUGGCCGCUGUGUGGCUCCUGUCUGCCACCGUCGCCUCGCCUCUACUACUUUACACUACGCCCUACAACGUACAGUGGACCGACGUGGAGCUGACGUACUGCGGCGAGAGUUGGCCGCAACGCAUCGAGUGGGACCCCGUGGAGCAGGCGUGCGUGGCGCGGUCGCCUUUCAAGCAGCUCUAUUACACGGCCGUCACGGUGGCGCUGUUCUUCGUGCCCGUUCUCGUGAUGAGCUCGGCUUAUGCGCUCAUCUUGCACGCCCUCUGGAGGGACCGGCACCCGGGCGAGGCCAACGCCAACAAUGCGCUGCUCCACUCUCGGGCCAAGAGGAAGGUUGUGAAGCUGGUGUGCGUGGUGCUCCUUGUAUUUGUCCUCUGCUGGAUGCCCUUCCAAGUCAUCGUUCUGUUUUCUCAAUUUCGGGACAACGGGAUCCACAGCCAACCGUUACCUUCGUGGUUCUCGCCAGCAUCGUUUUGGUGCACGUACUUGGCGUACGCCAACAGUGCACUGAAUCCCAUCAUUUACGGCGGCAUGACGCCCACGUUCCGCCAGGGCCUGGCCAACGUGUUGCGCUGCGGACACCGACGCCGGGCCGACUAUCCAAAGCGAUGGUCGGUACGGUCCCGGCUUACGCUGACCACAGGACCGAACGCCGGCAGCGCCACUCGUCCUCUGCGGUUAUGCGCCAAGACCUCCUACUCGGGCACUUCGUCUACUACAAUGCUGCUCACCGCGCAGAGAGUGACACCACCCGUGGCACGGUGCCCCUGCCGUCCUGGCCGGGUUUGUGCCGCCACUGACGUCUAGUGGUUAGAAUCGGCACCCCGGCAAGCCGCCGCCGCUGCUCCUCAUUGGUUCCAUGCUCGCGGCGCUCGAACUGAAAGACGCGUGCACAGGGAAAAAAAAGAAUAAGCUGUGUAUCUCACAGCAAAAGAAAAGAAGGUGGAAAAUCAUCAUCCAUGAGCAUGCUUGGGGCUAUAGAAUGAACGAAAUAAAUCUACCACUUGGGAUGCGCACUUCUUGAAGCGUCUGAUGAUGGGACCUACGGCUGCAAUUCAUUCUGCUUCUGGUGCUUGCUUCACAGGGUGCACGUCUUUGAAAGAUGCCAUCAAAAUUAAUGAGCACGCAUAUUUGAACCCACAGCGCUCCGCGGUUAAUCUUACCACCCACCAUCCUCGCAAAAUGUUUCUCUUGGGAUCCAUUAGAAUCUUGUCAUCAGUU